AUGGGACCAAACAAUCCCCUAACCGCCAGCUGGGCCCGGGACUCGGACGUCUGCCUCUGGAUAGGCGUCUCGUGCGGGCCCCGACACAUCCGGGUCGCCGCCCUGAACCUCCCCCGAAUGGGACUCGACGGUACGAUCCCCCAACACAUGGGAAACCUCUCCUUCCUUGUAUCUCUAAACCUACGAGGCAACGCUUUCCGAGGCACUCUGCCUGCUGAGAUGGCGAGUCUUCGCCGGCUGCCGGUGGAGCUCAGGAGGCUCGGGAGGCUCAGGGUUCUGAGCCUGGAGAACAACCGGCUGACGGGUUCUGUCCCGCCGGAGAUUUUCAAUUUGACAGGUGUCGAGACGCUGGCGUUUACGAAUACUAGUUUGUCGGGCGAGCUUCCGAAAGAUUUGUGCCGCCGUUUGCCAAAGCUGACGGAGCUUUAUCUGUCGUGGAACGGUUUUUACGGUCGGGUCCCUGAAGGUUUGGGAGAGUGUCGGCAGCUCAGAGUAUUGUCGUUGUCUAAUAACGGGUUUAGCGGGCCCGUCCCAAGGGGAAUCGGGAAUGUCACGACUAUGGAGAUGCUAUAUCUUGGUGCUAACAACUUUACAGGUUUAAUUCCAGGGGAGAUUGGUAAUCUUAGUAACCUUUUGCUACUAAGCAUGGAAAGAAACAUCUUUUCGGGCCCUAUACCGAACUCGAUAUUCAACAUUUCGUCUUUGGUGAGCUUGGAUUUGUCGCAUUGCGGUGUGUCAGGCAAACUGCCUUCGGAUUUAUGCUCGAACCUCCCGAAUCUUGUAGAGCUCAAUCUGUACUACAAUGACUUGUACGGGCCGAUACCUUCGUCUCUGGACAAAUGCUCGAAGCUCGAGGCUUUAUCGCUAAGGGACAGCAAUUUCAGUGGGCCCAUCCCGAGAGAAAUCGGGAAUCUAACGCAGCUCAAGACGUUGCGCCUUUUUCACAACAGGCUAACGGGCGAAAUUCCACGAGAGCUCGGUAAGCUGCAACAACUGGAGCAGCUUCAUCUUGCAGUAAACUUGCUAACGGGUCCUAUACCGGAAGAAAUAGUCAACAUCUCGACGUUGACUUUACUCGCUGUGACAGCAAACAGGCUUUCAGGUAGUCUCCCGAUGAGAUUCGGCUCCCGGCUGCCUAAUCUGGACUUGAUAUCACUUGAGACGAAUCUUUUGAGCGGCGCUAUACCCGAAUCUAUUUCGAAUGCGUCUAAACUCACUUAUGUCAAUCUCGGAAAUAAUUAUUUUUCCGGCACUGUCCCAAAUUCUCUCGGUAAUCUAAGACUGAUCGAACAUCUGCUCCUGCAUGGGAACAACCUUAAAGGAUUGAGCUUUAUUACUUCCUUAGCAAAUUGUGUGUUCUUGAAAGAGUUUUGGGUGCACAACAAUCCCCUUAACGACUUUAUUCCGCCUUCCAUUGGUAACCUUUCGUCGAUAUUGGAGAUUAUGCUUGCUUCUAAUGGUACGAUAAAAGGUGGCAUCCCGAGUGAGAUUACAAACCUGAGCAGUUUAGUACAGUUGGAUCUUUCGGACAACGAUUUAGCUGGUCUUCUGCCGUUUGAACUCGGAGGUUUACGAAUGCUUCAAGGUCUAUCUCUGGCCCGUAAUAGAAUAAGCGGUAUCAUACCUUUAAGCAUCUGUAACUUAAACAAUUUGGCAGCCUUUCAUUUAAGCAGUAACCAAAUUUCAGGCUCAGUUCCAGAAUGCAUAGGCAAUAAUAGUGUUUCUCUGAGACAGCUCUAUCUGGACUCGAACAGAUUAAGUUUCGGUUUACCUUCGGGAUUGUGGAGGCUCGAUAAACUUCUGGAGCUAAACUUAUCUUCCAAUUUGCUAAAUGGCUCUCUAUCUCCAGAGAUAGGAAGUCUGAAAGCUGCAGCAUUUGUAGAUUUUUCGUACAAUCACUUGUCGGGAAAUAUUCCGAAUGCCAUCGGAGACUUAAAGAACUUGAUCAACUUUUCUCUGGCACACAAUAGUCUGACCGGAUCCAUUCCCGAGUCGACCGGGAACAUGUUGAGUUUAGAAAUGUUGGACUUUUCGCAUAACAAUCUCACCGGGUCAAUUCCGAGCUCGUUGGCAGCAUUAGUAUAUUUAAGAAGCUUGAAUCUUUCUUACAACUCAUUGGCAGGUGAAAUCCCCUCGGGUGGCCCUUUCGAAAACUUCACGAGCCGAUCGUUUAUGUCCAACGAAGCUCUAUGUGGGGCUCCGAGAUUUCAAGUCCCACCGUGUCAAGAGAAAAGCUCUCACAUACCAAAAGAUAGAAAAAACGUUAUCCUAGCUGUCACAAUAGCUUUGGCCAUCUCCUUUGCACUCAUCAUCAUCACCUUGGUAUUUUUCAUAGUCAAGAGACAUGGAAAGAAAUUAAACAAGGUUCCAACAGAACAAGACUCUUUUACUACUCCCGGAAGAAUAUCGUAUCUCGAACUAAAACGAGCAACCGGCAAUUUCGACAAAAACAACUUACUCGGGCAAGGGAGUUUCGGGCGUGUAUACAAAGGGGUGCUUGAGAAUGAUGGGCCCGUGGCAGUUAAAGUGUUUGAUUUGGAACAUGAAGGCUCGUUCAAGAGUUUCGACGUGGAAUGUGAGGUGUUACGCAGCCUUAGGCACCGAAAUCUUACGAAAGUCAUCACAAGUUGUUCUAACCUCGAUUUCAAGGCGUUAGUGCUCGAGUACAUGCCGAACGGGAGCUUGGACAGGUGGCUGCAUUCUGACAAUUGUUUUCUAGACACAAUGCAGAGGUUGAACUCGAUGCUAGAUGUGGCUCGUGCUUUGGAGUAUCUUCACUGUGGUUUGCAAACGGCCGUUGUUCACUGUGAUUUGAAGCCGAGCAAUGUGUUGCUAGACGUGAAUAUGGUUUCGCAUGUGAGUGAUUUUGGAAUUUCGAAAAUGAUGGGGGAGGAGCAGAGCUUUUCUCAUACCAAGACACUAGCAACUUAUGGGUAUAUUGCACCAGAAUACGGAUUGGAGGGACUUGUGUCGACUAAGUGUGAUGUUUAUAGCUACGGUAUAAUGCUGAUGGAGACUUUUUCUGCUGUACGGCCGGGGGACGAAAUGUUUGACGGGAAAUCGAGCCUCAGGAGUUGGCUAAGUGACUCUGUACGAGACGGGAUAAUCGAUCGUGUUGUGGAUGGAGAGUUGCUGAGCUCGGAGGAUAAGUUUUAUGAUGACAAGUUACGAUGCCUAUGUUCUGUUAUGGAAUUAGCAUUGAGUUGUUGUGCUGAUAAUCCUGAAGAUAGGAUUGUCAUGACAGAUGCUGUGGGAGAACUUGAGAAGAUCAAGCUUCAGUUUCUUGCAUGUAGCUCGACUAGACUACCGGUGCAAGAUCCUAAAUUGUGA